AUGGUGGAACCGAAUGGUAUUCCGAACGGCAUAGAUACCAAGGCAGAGGAAGACCUCUCCACGACGACGGUGUCGACCAUAGUCGUCCGUGCCGGAGAGCACGCCUUCAUUGUCGUGGCGCUGCUGAAGUGUGUUUUUCCCUCACUAUGUUUCUACUUGCAGUCCGUUGGCUAUGUUGAAUUGCGCAUCGACGAGAUGAGACCUGGGCUACUGGCGAUCGGUGGCUCCUGCGAGGAGGCUGCAGCCCUGGUGAACAUUCACGAAGACCUUCUGGCCAGACUCAGAGACAAAGAAGAUCAAGUAGCGGCGUUGCUAAGCCGAGCUGACAACCUCAGCUCGGAAAAGAAAGCGAAGGAGGCGAUUAUCUACGGCGACAUGGCGAAGUCCCUCAAUGAGCGCAUGUCCACUAUGACGGAGGCUCUGAAGACGCUUGUACACGCUCAACACGACGGAGAUAUCGCACUUGCCUCAAGAAGAGUGGAACAAAUGAUAAACGAAAUAGUCGACACCACGGCGCAAGCAAUGGAUGUCGGAUCAUCGGUGAUCACUCAAAUCCGCGCCCUCGGUCAGAUAGCGGACAAUCCCGAACGACCACAAGAGAUUCUUUCCUCAUGUAUGCUCAUUGAAAAGGUUAUGCUACGGAUCGCGUCCGAAUGGGAGCGAAUCGAAUCACUGUGGAAAAAUGAGAGGGCCAAAAUUUCUGAAACUGUCGACGAGCUGCAGCUGAUUGAACAAUGGCUGAAGCACGCUGAGCGUCGUAUCAAGGCUGUGAACGACCAUGGAUCUCGACAACUGCUUGAGGAAGGAAAUGCUAACCAAGCACGACUGAUGCAGAUUAGUGCAAGCGGUGUGGCCGAUGACGCCAGAAUUUCACAUCUGUCCGGUAAAAUAGAGGAAUUCCUUUACUACGUGAAGACGAGGAUGAACCGAUCACAGCGUAUACAGUCGUUCUUCCAGUCGGCUCAGACGAUGCUCUCGCAGCUGUCAAUGAUGGCAGAGGACAUGAGGAACGCGAAUGCUGCCAUGGCUGGCGAACUCUUUCCACUGGCUCAGCAGAAAGCGUCAACGGUCAUCCACGAAGGAAAAGAGAUCUUUGACAAGGAGGUGCUCACGUACGAGGAAAAGGCGCUAGUGAAGCAGAGAUGCGAUGAUAUGGAAGCGAAAUUGCGGUUGCUCGAACAACUUGCACUCGAAAGGCAGAAAGGUAUUCAAGAAAUCAGCCAACAGCUAGCAAGCCUGCAGUCGUGGAACACAACACGAGCGGUUCCAUUCCUUGCCACUCACUCUGAUAUGGGUGGAACUUUCAACGAAGCCGUCGAUUUCGUUGAUGCUCAUAAAGCGUUCAUCGAGGAAGUUGUAAAUCGUGAUGCUUCUGUGGUAUCGGUGCUGAGCAAAGAAAAUGAGAUGACUUCAAUAGAGCAGAACGCCAUGCGGGACUUUGAAAAGAACUACGAAGAACUGAAGGAGAUUCUGGAAAAUCGCGUACGCAUCGGGAACAAUUUUGUCCAGACUUCUUGCUAUUCAUUGAAGGUGUACAAAUUUGCCAAGGAUCUGGAGGCGUCGUUCGAGGCACUCACCUCGUUGCUGGACACCAAUCGCGACUUCGCCAAUGAGCAGGUGGCCGGACAAGUGGACAGCGUAUUCCAUUUGAUCGAGCAGACGAUGGCACGUGAAAAACAAAACGGUCUGACAACUUUUCUUCUCCAAUUUGUAAAAGCAGCAGAGGCAGUAGCCAAAACUGACGAAAAGCUCAGCGUGGUGCGCUCGAUUCAAGCGGCCAAGAACCUCGUCGUCGACCACGACCACCAGUUCACUUACGUCAAGCAUAAGUGGUCCGAAUGGCAGAGGAAUAAGGCCGAAAUGCGGAAACUUAUGACGAUAGUCGAAGAGGUGCAGAUGUGGCAGGAAGACACAUGGGAAAUUAUUCGCCUUCUCGAAAAUACUAAAACAACCACAUUACAGGAUAGCGAAGGUCUCUACCGUAGAAUCAAAGAGCUCAAACAAACCCUCGCUCAACAAACUGCCAAACUGGAGAAGGUGAAGAAACAUAAAAUAGCCGAAGAUAUGUUAAGAAGAAUUGACGAAUUAUUGAGAAAGCAGCAAUUGAUGAAGGAUCGUGUCACAGAGCUUGAGAAGAAGGUGGAGACAGUCUAUGAAUCUUUUAUGGAGCAGGAGGAAAUGAAACAUAUCAGAGCACCCCAAAUUCUAACCUCUCUCAAAGAUGCUCAGGUUGACGAGGGCAGUCGAUUUGAAUUUGUGGCGCGAAUAGAGGGCGAACCUGAACCGAAGAUCACGUGGUUUAAGGACGGAAUUGAUGUGAAGAACAACAUUGACUACCGUCAGGAUUUCGUCAAUGGUGUUGCCAGUCUUGUUAUUGAGGAAACUUUCAUCGAGGAUACCGCCACUUACACCGUGCGUGCUGAGAAUGCUGGCGGCACGGUGGAGAGCAGUGCCAAGCUUAUAGUGAAAUCACGUUCGACAGCUUCAAGCUUGCUGGAGGAGGAGAAACCACGAUUCAUAAAACAGCUGACGAACGUGCAGAUCUACGAAGGACAGACCGCUCAUUUGGACUGCGUCGUCGUCGGUCGACCGGAGCCCGAAGUGAUCUGGUUCAAAGAGGAGAAAACUGUGCAGGAGGACGAGCGAUUCCAUUUGGAAUUCACUGGCGACCACUGCUCGCUCACCAUAGAACGAACAGUUCCUUCCGACACUGGUAUGUACACUGCUAAAGCACGGAAUAUUUAUGGAGAGUCAACCAACUUCUGCCAACUGAAGGUCAAAGUUCAUGGGGAACCGCCUCCUCGUGUUGAAUGGCGAUUCAAUGAACAGACGAUUCAAACGAGUGAAACAGUAAAAAUUGAGGAAGAGUCAGAAGGCUGGUCGAAACUGGUGAUUUCUCCAGUCACUCCUGCUCACGCUGGUACCUACUCAGUGCUAGCAGAAAACGAAAUAGGAGAGACAAUCACGUCUGCUACACUUCAUGUGCAACCGCCGUCUCACAGCAGGACGGAGAAGUAUGAGCACAUGGUGCAGGAGGUCAGUGGCACUACCUUGGUCUUUUACUGGUGUCUUCGACAGCUCACAGUGGACACAUAUCCAGAUGGAGCCUUAUCUUGGUGUAAUGCUGGAAUAUGA